GCUCACAGCAUGCUCUUUGUCAACAACUUGGCCCGCAACGGCAGCGAGGCCCAGAAGAGGCAGUGGCUGCCGGCGGCGGUGGAUGGCUCCAAGCUUUGCGGCAUGUGCAUGUCAGAGCCCAGCGUCGGAACAGACGUGCUGGGCAUGAAGACAACUGCAACCCGGCAGGGCGACGAGUACAUCAUCAAUGGCGCAAAGAUGUGGAUUACCAACGGAACCCCGGACGGGGCAGAGACAGGAGAUGCUUAUCUUGUCUAUGCCCGAACGGGCGAAACCAGCCGAGACGUGUCGCUGUUCCUGGUGGAGAAGGGGACGCCAGGGUUCAGCUUGGGCCAGAAGAUCCAGGACAAGUGCGGGAUGCGCGCGUCCAUGACGGCGGAGCUAGUUUUCCAGGACUGUCGCGUUCCUGCUUCCCAUUUGAUCGGCGAGGAGGGCAAGGCGACGCUGUGCAUGAUGAGAAACCUCGAAAUCGAAAGAGUGGUGCUGGCGGCGAUGAGCCUGGGAAUUGCUCGGCGCUGCAUCGAGGAGAUGAACAGGUAUGCCCGAGACCGUCAGGCCUUCGGGUCCCGUCUGAACAGCUUCGGGCAGAUCCAGCGCUUCAUCGCUGAGUCCUACGCGGAGUACCAGGCGGGCCGCAGCUACGUGUACAACGUGGCGCGGCACCUGCAGCUCGACUCUGCAGGCAACGGGUUGGACGCUGACGGGGUAAAGCUGUACUGCGGCCAGAUGGGCAAGAAUGUGGCCGAUCGAGCCAUCCAGGUCAUGGGUGGCUACGGCUACGUGGGGGAGUACAAUGUGGAGCGGCUUUGGCGCGAUGCCAAGCUGCUGGAGAUCGGGGGCGGCACGAACGAGGCGCACCACAAGAACAUCGUGCGGGACCUCUCACGCCAGGCACGGUGCGCCGGUCGGAAGCGGGUUGGAGCUACGGCCACUUUGCAUGGGAACGAACUGAGGCUCUUGGUUUAG